AUGGCCUCCUCGACACAACCGCAAGCGAGCGCACUCGCGGACGAGAUCGCGGCCCAGAGUUCAUUGCUAAAUGACCUGCGAAAGCAGCAGGCAGAUCCUGCGGUAGUGGAGGAAGCAAAGAAGAAGCUUGGAGAUCUGAAACGGAGCCUCGCACUUCAGCAAAACGCGAACGGGGGCGCGAAGGAUGGAAAGAAGAAGGAGCGCAUACUGCUCAAAACGGCGAAGGUGCACCACUCUGCCUACUGCUACUCCGAUCUGUCUCGGUGGUGGUACGGCAUGCAGGGCACGCGUGACUAUGGUCCCGGCGAGAUGUUCUGUCGCGAACACAUCGAGCGCAUCGUGAAGGACUGCUUCACGACCUAUGGCGGAAGCCAACUGGACACCCCCGUCUUCGAGCGCAAGGAGGUCCUUGCGGGGAAGUACGGAGAAGAUGCAAAGCUCAUCUUCGAUCUCAUGGACCAGGGCGGUGAGCAGCUUGCUCUGCGCUACGACCACACAGUUCCCCUGGCGCGCUACCUGGCCAUGAACGGAGCGAUCACCACCCAGAACAAGCUCUGGCAGGUCGGCAAGGUGUACAGGAGAGACAACCCCGUCAUGUCGAAGGGACGCAUGCGCGAGUUUUCGCAAGCGGACUUCGAUAUUGCUGGAGCUUGGGAUACUAUGAUCCCGGACGCCGAAGUAAUCAGCGUUGUCUGUUCAAUCCUGUCCCGUUUGGAUGUCGGCGAGUUCACGAUCAAGAUGAACCACCGCAAAAUCCUGGACGGCAUAUUCGAGGUAUGCGGUGUGCCUGCAGACAAGAUCCGCCCAAUCUCGUCUGCUGUCGACAAGCUUGACAAGAUGUCCUGGGCAGACGUGAAGAAGGAGAUGACGGAGGAAAAGGGCCUGGAUCCUGCCUCCGCAGACAAGAUCGGAGAGUAUGUUAAGCACAAGGGCGGUCCUGAGCUACUCGACAUUCUCAAGGCGGACGAGGCGCUCAUGGCCAACGCGAAUGCGAAAGCCGGAGUCGACGAGAUGGUCAUCCUCUUCACCUACCUCAAAUCCUUCAACGUCCUCUCCCUGAUCUCCUUCGACCUCUCCCUCGCCCGUGGCCUCGACUACUACACCGGCAUCAUCUACGAAGCCAUCGUCGAAGCCUCCGCUCCCCCCGGCUUUAAGGCCGCCAACGCCUUCGCCUCCUCCUCCACGACCCCCUCCACCUCCUCCACCGCCCCGCCCGCUGCACAACAGCCCCCCAAAAAGAAGGCCGCGAAGAAGGCCGCGUCCCCCGACGAAGAGGAGGAGAUCGACGAGUCGCAGGUCGGCGUCGGCUCGAUCGCAGCAGGUGGCCGGUACGACAACCUCGUGGGCAUGUUCACCGCCGCGGCCGCGGGCGAGGGCAAGAAGGCCCCAGGCCUGCCCUGUGUUGGUGUGAGCAUCGGGCUCGACCGCAUCUUCGCGCUCGUGUGGCCGAAGUGGGCGGAGCGCGGGAUGCGCAGCAAGGAGACGAUGGCGUAUGUCAUGGCUGCUGGCGACGGACUGCUUGCAGAGCGCGUCGAGCUCGUGCGCGAGCUGCGUGAAGCAGGGAUCAAGACCGAUUUCCUGUUCAAGGCGAAACCGAAGCUGCCUGCGCAGUUCGCGGCGGGCGAGAAGGACGAGGUGCCGUUCGCGAUCAUCCUGGGCGGGGACGAGCUCAAGGAGGGCCUCGUCACCGUGAAGGAGCAGAAGUGGGAGUUCGUCGACGGCAAGAAGGUCAAGGUCGCGUCGAGCGACAAGGGCACGAAGGUCAAACGCGCCGAGCUCAUCCAGUGGCUCAAGGACACGUCGACGUUCCAAGACUGGUCAAGUGGGAAGCUGAUCGCGUAG